GUUCUUUCAAGACUUGCCGAGGGCGACGCUGUGGAAUCGGCCCUAAACCAUGGCUCAACGUCAGGCGAUCUCCUCGCAGACCUCGUAUGUUAGCUCCCACCUCUCUCUCUAUAUCACCCCAGCUUCACUGUCCAAAGUUACUAUUUACUUCUAAAGGUCCAAAAAAAAAUAAGACAUCUAAGCCCACUCACCCAUCAUUGCUCAAAAUGAAGAUCCUCCUCACAGACGCAAGCGGCUUGACCUCCCGUCAAGUCUCCACGAUCCUCUCCCAAAAGCACCACCAGGUCCACGUCCUCUCCCCACCCAGCUUCCUCCUCCUCGCAACCCUCACCUCCCACACCACAAAAUCGCACCCCGUCCCCGCCUUCUCCGCCUCUCCUUACACAUGGUUAGACGCCACUCUCCAGGUCCUCAGAGACGAGAAAUUUGACGUCCUGCUCUGCACCCAAGAACAAGUGUCCAUCAUCUCUGCUUCCUCUCCUCUUCUCGCCUCUACCGGAGUCAAAUUCGCAGUCCCGGAAUUCGAAAGCCUUAGGAGAGUGAUGGAUAAAGUAUCCGCUUGUCAGGCAUUAUCUGAUGCCGGGCUCCCGCAACCGGAAAGUGUGGUGUUGAAUUCGAGUUUAGAGACGUUGAGCCAGUGCGAGGCUUUACUUCCAGUGUAUGUGAAGACACCGAUUGGGACGGCGAGCACGGGUGUUCGUCGUGCGGCAAAUUUGGAUGAGCUGGCGUCGAUUAUUGCAGAUUUCGUUGCGAAGGGGUGUUUUGAUGAUGGAGGGGAGCUAGUGGUGCAGAAGGAGAUGCAGGGCAGUUUGUUGAUGGUUUCGGGUGUUUUUGAGCAUGGCAGACUGAGGGCUUGGCAUGCUUGUGUGAGGGUCAGAGAAGGGGUCGGAGGGGGCGCGAGUAAGAAGGUGAGUUUGCCGUUAAAGGCUGUGGGGGAGCACUUGCAGGGCUUUGGGUGGUUGUUAAGUUGGCAUGGGGCGUUGAGUAUGGAUGCGAUUUUGGAGGGAGGGAGAGCCUGGUAUGUGGAUGUUAAUCCGAGGAUUGUAGAGCCCGUGAAUGGCCUUCUUGCUGGUGUUGAUCUGGUGGAGGAGCUGUUGCAGGUCAGUCUAGGGGAUAAGGUGGAGGAGGAAAGGCCGCCUAAGCAUGGUAUUGAGGGCGUGGAGACCCAUCAGCUGGUGCUGGCGAUGAUGAAGGCGGCGGAGGAGGGGAGGGUACAGUUGUUGAUGGAGGGGUUUAAAGCGCUUAUGGGGUUUCACGAGUAUGCUGGGAGUAGGGAGGAACUCACACCAUUGGACAGUGAUGUUGUGUGGGGGUUUCUGAGUCUUGCAGGACUGUUUCUGGGACUCCUUUUGGGAGGGGCCUGGGCGGUGGAAAAAUUGAGGGGAGAUACCAUCAGAAACUACAAUUUAAGUGCAAAGGGGUGGAAGGAGAUCUUAGAGAAGGUAGACUCGGGGAAGGAGGAAAAUAAUCCAUAAUGUUAUCGAUCCCG